CAGUUGUAGCAGCUCCGCCGUAUCCAGCCAUCGCCACCCCAAUUAUUCACACAUACGACCAGUUAUAGUCACCGGAGGAAGAAGAUAUUCAAUCUUAUCCUUUCAUAUAAUCGAUAUCCUCAGAAGGAACAAUGUCUAGUGCUUCUGGAUAUCACUACUUCUCUACCGCCGCCGCUUCUUCCACCGACCGUCGGACAUGGCUGCUGACGCCGCAGCCACCGUCAAAGUCAAUAGUCAGUAAAAUCAAUACUGCCAGUACUACUAGGAACUGCGUACCUUCUCAAUUGAGAUCGUCAACCUUCUAUAUGCCCUUUUCCCCUUUAUUGGUAACUUCAUCUCGUCGUGCUCGAUUGGUUUCAUCCACCGCCGCUGCAGCGGCAAGGAAUAAUAUAGACCCCAAAGAAGCAGAGAAGAAGGAGGAAGAGGUGGAGGAAGUGGAGGAGGAUUUGCCAUGGAUACAAGAUAAGGCUCUGGACAUUGUUGAGUUUAGUGGCUCCGUAACACAGGCACUUCCUGGUCCAAGAGUUGGCCAAUCUUCUGUCCCCUGGAUACUCGCCAUCCCGUUGGCUUAUGUUGGAAUCUCCUUUGUUUUUGCGGUUGUUAAGACCGUUCGCAAAUUCACUUCACCCAAGGAAGUUCGCCGUAAGCUGGUCAAUAAAAAUGCAGAGCUAUGCAGAUCAAUAGAUGAGUUGCUUGAGAAAGAGGGAAAUGGAGUACAAGAGGAAGCUUUGAAUGGACUGAUGCAGAAGACAGGCUUCAGCAUGGUGGAGAUUUUGCGUAAAUACAUUCGAUAUGCCUUGAAUGAAAAGCCUUUCAACCCAAAACUGGUUGCAACAUUGAUUCAACUCAGGAAAACAACAUUGUUGGAUGAUUCUCAAGUUGCGGAAAUUCUAAAUGACAUUUCUAAGCGAAUUGUUAAAGAUAAAGGUCCAGUUGUCAUGAAUGUGUCGGGAUAUUCUGAAAAGGGCUUAAGGAGAAAGCUUGCUGUCCAAGCUCUUUUCGGAAAGAUUUUCUAUCUUUCAGAGCUUCCUGAGUUCUGUGGAAGAGACAGCUCCUUGAUUGUGAAAGAAAUAUUUGGUGUUGUAGACGAGGAUGCUGAAAAGCUUCGGUUGCAUACGGUUGCCGAAGCUGGCGAUAUGGAUUCACUAGAAAAGAUGGUUGGUGAUUCAGAUUCAGAUUUAGAUUCAGAGGAUUCAGGUGAGGGCUCUGCCUCUGCAUUAGGGGAUCCAUAGAUUUUGUUUCUCCAGGCUUAUUUUGUAGACAGACUACUGCGAGAUAGAAGCCUGUAAGUGGCUCGAAAAAUUUUUAAUGUGAAAUUUUGUUAACGAAGUAUAUUUGUGCAAAAAUGCGCGACGAAGAUGGACUUGACCAUUUAGUGAGCACAAGGUCCUUUUAACCUGAUCCUUGUGAAGGGUCCUAGGCCGUCGGUUCGAGACUCCUCAGCCCUUAGGGGCCAUUGGGAUUUCUCCGGCUGAUAUCUUCAGGGUCUUAUGGGUAGACCCACAUGUAAGGUGGGAUGAUAGGGACUGGGCCGGUCUGUGGUCCUGGUCCUAAUCAAUCCAGCCCAUUAAGAUAUAUUGUUAGGAUCAUUGGUUUUUUUUAAUUUAUGGUAUCUGAUAUUUUUGACCUGUCUAUAUAGCUCAACAUAUAUUGGGUAGAUUUCAGGUCUUUUGGCCAACAGACAGUUAUUGUGUGAACCUAAUCUUGUUAAAAUCAAGGGGCCGUUUACCCGGC